AUGCCUGGCAGAUUGGAGCACAAGGUCGCGAUUGUUACAGGCGCUGGCUCUGGGAUUGGACUCGAGUCGUCCCUCCUUUUCGCCUCAGAGGGCGCUCACGUUGUUCUCGCUGAUAUCAAUAUCGACGCAGCCAACAAGACCCAAGGUCUUUUGAAAGAGAAAUACCCCAAUGCCCCCAAGGCUUUAACCGUUAAAGUUGACGUGAGCAAGGAAGCAGAUCUCAAGGCUCUAGUCGACAAGACUGUGGAAGAGUUUGGACGUCUCGAUGUUAUGUUCAAUAAUGCGGGUAUUAUGCACCCGCAGGACGAUAAUGCACUCAACACUGAGGAGAAGAUCUGGGAUCUUACAAUGAACAUCAACCUCAAAGGUGUAUGGUGGGGGUGCAAGUAUGCUAUUCUUGCGAUGCGAAAGAACCCAACCGACGAGAGCAAGAAACUUCAUACUGGGGGAAGUAUCAUCAAUACAGCUUCGUUCGUCAGCUUGAUGGGUGCUGCGACUCCUCAGCUCGCUUAUACCGCGUCUAAAGGUGCCGUACUUGCUAUGACCCGCGAGCUUGCAAUGGUCCCCAUUGCUACUAUGCAUCCACAUCUCUCAUCGUCUGUUAUCUUCAUGCUUCCUAGUGGCCCGCUUAAAACUCCACUUCUUAUGGAUUUCCUCAACACCGAGGAGAAGCGCAACCGUAGGAUGGUUCAUCUUCCUAUGGGCCGGUUUGGUGAAGCAAUCGAACAAGCCCAAGCUGCUUUAUUCCUUGCAUCCGACGAGAGCAGCUACAUCACGGGUACCGACUUCAAGGUUGAUGGCGGUCUUUCUUCUUGCUAUGUUACAGCCGAGGGCGAGCCUGUUCUCCCACCCCCAGUAUCCUUGGCUCAGUGA